AUGGCUUCAGACGCACCCGCCCUCAAGCCUAUUCACAGCCUUGUCCUCGACACAGGCCCUCUCAUCAAGAACGACCCUCCUGCGAAUACCCUCCGCGCCAAAGCCGAACACCUCUACACCCUCCCCGUCAUCAUUUCCGAAAUCCGAGAUGCCGCCACUCGAUCGAGAGUAGAGACGACUCUUCUCCCCUUUGUCACCCUUCGAUCGCCCACAACCGCAAGUGUCAAGGUCAUUCGGGAUUUUGCGCGCAGAACUGGUGAUCUGGCAGUUCUCAGCAAGCCCGAUAUUGAUGUUUUGGCUUUGGGGUAUGAGCUUGAGUGCGAGAGGAAUGGAGGAGAUUGGAGAUUGAGGAAUACUCCUGGUCAAAAGGGUCUGAAUGGGAAACCACCAAAGCCUGCCGAUAAGGAGGAGUCUCUAGAGAAUGCUGCCGAUAAGUUGACCAUUGAGCCUGUCGCAGAGUCUACUGGGGAGUCUGUCGAGCCUGCCGUCGAGUCUGAGCCCGUAGCAGAAUCUGGAGCCGAAAAGACAGAGACCAAGGAUACAGAGGCUACCGCAGAGACUACACAAACUGCAGAGACCACAGAGGCUACACAGGCGGCGGAGACCACACAGACUACAGAGACAGAGGCCCCCAAGGAACCCAUCACAGAGUCCGCAGAGACGACAGAACCCGUCAAAGAGUCCGCAGACACCGAGUCACCCCAAGUUCCCGGCGAAAAGGUCGAUGAGACCAUCGAAGCCGUCGAGGAAGCCUCUGAAGGCGAAGUCUCCGACGCCUCCGACGACGAGGGCGGCUGGAUCACCCCCUCCAACCUCAAGAAACACCAAGCAGCAACCCCCGGCGCUACCGGUCCUUCAGCCCCCGUCCAAAAGACCCUACAAGCGGCAGUUCUCACCUCCGAUUACGCCAUGCAAAACGUCGCUCUGCGAAUGAACCUAAACCUCGUCGCUCCCUCGCUCGCACGAAUCACACACCUCAAGAACUGGGUUCUACGCUGCCACGGCUGCUUCAAGAUCACAAAGGAGAUGGACAAGCAGUUCUGCCCUACAUGCGGACAACCCACGCUUAUGCGAACGAGUUGCUCAACCGACGAGUACGGAAACUUCAAGGUUCAUCUCAAGAGGAAUUUCCAGUGGAACAACCGCGGCAACGUCUACAGUGUUCCCAAGCCAGUCCACGGAUCCUCCAACGGACGUCUCGCCAAGAAUGCAGGUGGACAGAACAACUGGGGCACGAAUCUCAUUUUCGCAGAGGAUCAGAAGGAAUUCACAAGGGCGGCGACGGAGCAACAAAGGCAGAGAAAGAAGGACAUCAUGGAUCAAGAUUACCUUCCUGAUAUACUAACAGGGCAUCGAUCUGGCGGCGGCGGUGGAAAGAUUCGCGUGGGCGCAGGACGAAAUGUAAACUCCAAAAAGAAGCACUAG